AUGUCUGUUUCAUUACAGUUACCAGAAACAUUCGCCCAAAUCCCCCGCUACAAGAUCCUAUACUCAACUCCAUCUCCCAUCCAUCCCUUACCCUCAAUUUCACCCCCAAGAGUCUCCCCGCAUCCCCUCAUCACCAUCCACGCCAAACGAGAAGACCAUUCCUCCCCACUAGCCUGCGCAGGAAACAAAUAUCGCAAACUAGAAUACAUAGUCCCAGAUAUACUAUCCAAAAAACCACUCUAUCACAGCCAUGAGAACAACCCAACACCCCCAGGCCCAUUGCAAGGCGCAGCAACAACCCUCGUUACAGAGGGCGCAAUCCAAAGCAACCACACCGUACAAGUCGUCGCUCUCGCACGGAAACUAGGACUGAAAGCUUUAAUCCUCUUGCACCGCGGCACAGGCGGUGGACUUGCAGCUGCCAAUGACAAGGAAGCUUUCCAACGCAGCGGAAAUGUGCAAAUUAAUCACCUGCUUGGUGCGGAGGUUCGCGUCUGUGAAGAAGGUGAUCCGCUAGCGCAGGAUGCGACGCCUCUUCUUGAUGAAUUACGGGCGGCGGGACAGAAUCCAUAUUGGAUUCCUGGUGGUGCGAGCUUGCAUUCGCUUGGUGGGCUGGGAUAUGCGCGAGCGGCGUUCGAGAUUGCUGCGCAGGAGGAAGAGAUGGGGCUUGGGGGCUCGGGGAGGUUUGAUUAUGUCUUUGUUGCGUGUGGGAGUGGGAGUACCGUUGGUGGGUUGGUGGCUGGGUUUAAGCUGCUGGAAAAGAUUGGGGGAUUGGAUGCGUCAAAGAGAAUUGGGGAACCGAGGAAGAUUGUUGGGAUUCUUAAUUCGCCGACUAAACCGCGGGCGUAUCAUGAAGAGAGGGUGCUUGCUUUUGCGAGGAGGGCGGGCGAGUUGAUUGGGCUUGAUGGGGAGCAGGAUAUUGGAAUUGAGGAUGUGAGGCUUGAUGAUCGGUUCGUUGGGACUGCAUACGGUGUGCUUGAUAGCGAGAGUAAAAUGGCCCUAGAGACCAUGGCGCGGACAGAGGGUAUGGUGCUGGAUCCGGUCUAUACAACCAAGGUUGCGAGAGGGUUGAUGCAUUGGGUAAAUGAGGGAGAAGUCGUGGAUUCAGUUAAACCCUUGGAGCAGGUGAAUGUACUGUUCAUUCAUACAGGUGGACAGGCAUCUUUAGGAGCUUAUGCAGAUGUCAUAUAA